AUUAAUUGCUGUUAAGUUUAAAUAAAUGCAACAAAAUAUCCAAAAUGGAAGUUUUACCAGAAAAUGUAAGGCUAAAUUUGGAGAAAAUCAGGACCAAAAUCGUACAAUUUUCCAUAGAGCGUCCAUAUACAGCUCUAGCUUUUAUAAUAACACUGUGUGUUAUGAUUUUACCCCUUAUUACAAUAUCUGUAUUAAUGCCUUUAGUAUUUUUAGUACAUUUUAGUACUUAUGUAUCAAAUUAUGGUAUGAUCUAUGUAAUGUAUAUCAUUUUAUUUCAAGGGAUCAUAGUUGUAACAAUACUCAUUACAUUAUUUCUGGCAGCUUUUGCCUUAGCCUCUAGUUUAAGCGUAAUACAUUCAUACAAAUUUUCUUAAUAAAUAGUAAAACUUAAAAUGUUUUAUUUUAAAUCUUCUUUAAC